GAUGCAUGAAUAGUGCCACGUUGUCAAAUCUCUUCCUUGCCAAGUUUUAAACUUACCAGAUAUACGCUACAACAACACUUUUCUCCAUUCCCCCUUUCUUUUCUCACCUUCUCUCUUUCUCUUUCUCAAUCUGUCAGGUUUUUUUUUUCUCCUCUCCGCCAUUCCUCACUCUUUCUAUAACAUCAACCUCCUUUUCAUCAUUUCAAUCCCUUUCUCUUUCUCUUUCUAGGGUUCCUGAUUCUCUCUCUCAUUCUCCUGAGAGAGAAAAUUCAUUUCUAUUCAAAAAGUGAGAAAAUUUACCUUUUUUGCUAAUCCUUUUUCUUGAUUCCUCUCGAUUCCGAUGACGAUUAAGUGCGAUUAUGUUAUUCACAAUCGUAAUCCUUGAUCGAUUUUCAUAGCAGCAGAUUUUGAUUAUUUCAGCAAUUUUUUUUCAUUUUUUUAACUGUCGGAUGAUUGAUUUCGAUAUUAAUUAAUUUAUAAAAAUCUUGACGAGUUUUUUUUGUCUAAGUUCAGAAAUUGGAGCUUGCUUUGAACUUGAUUACAUGUUUUUCUUUGUGGAAGAUGUGUUAUGUAUUGAAAUAACGUCUUGUUGAUGAUAUGAUAUGCACGAAUCUUCUAAGAAAGGCUGUAAUUCAAGCUGGGUGUAUUGGAGCUCUUUCGGGAAGAAGUUUAUGGCUGAGAAUUGCAGGACAAGUUUUGUGUGAUAAUCUAAGCCCAUCAAACACCUGGAAUUGCAACGUUAGAAGGCUCAUGGCAAGUGCAAAAAUGAUGGUUGAUACGGGUGCCGUAGAGAAUCGGGGUUCCUUAGUUGAUAUCUUGCCAGAGACAGGGGUAAAUAUUGGCUAUGCUAGUGGAGGAUGCAAAAGUGAAGAUGGAAAGUUAAGUUGUGGAUUUUCAAGUUUUCGAGGAAAAAGAGCUAGCAUGGAAGACUUUUAUGAUGUCAAAAUGUCCAAAAUAAAUGGGAAGACUGUCUGCCUCUUUGGAAUAUUUGAUGGUCAUGGAGGCUCUCGAGCAGCGGAAUAUUUGAAGCAAUAUCUCUUUGAAAAUCUUAUGAAACACCCACAAUUUAUGGAAGACACGAAAGCUGCUAUAAGUGAAACAUACAAGCAAACUGAUAAGGACUUUCUGAACGCUGAAAAGGAUACAUUUCGGGAUGAUGGGUCUACAGCUUCAACCGCAGUUCUGGUUGGAAACCGUCUUUACGUAGCAAAUGUUGGAGAUUCACGUACAGUACUAUCAAAGGCUGGAAAAGCAAUACCCCUUUCUGAAGAUCACAAGCCCAACAGACUUGACGAACGGAAGAGAAUUGAAAGCGCUGGUGGUGUUGUGAUGUGGGCAGGGACCUGGAGAGUUGGAGGUGUUUUAGCUAUGUCUCGUGCUUUUGGUAAUCGAAUGUUGAAACAAUAUGUUGUGGCAGAACCUGAGAUCCAGGAACAAGAGGUUAACGAGGAACUCGAAUUACUUGUGCUUGCUAGUGACGGCCUUUGGGAUGUUGUUUCAAACGAGGAUGCUGUUUCGCUUGCUCGCGGAGAGGAAGAACCUGAAACAGCUGCUAGGAAAUUAACUGAAAUUGCAUUUAAUCGCGGCAGUGCUGACAAUAUCACCUGCAUUGUGGUAAAGUUCCUCCAUGAUAAAACUGGUGAGCCGCAGCUUGAGCAGCAAAAAGAACCUGAGCAGCAACAUGACCAACCCGAGGGGCAAAGGCUUCAACAGGAACAGAAAUACCUAUCUGAGCUUCCGCAAGACCAAAGCAAUGUUGCUGAACUCCAACAUGACGAGAUGAAAGAUACAGAUAUCCUACAAACUCAAAGCAAAGAGGCCAAGACUGGAGAGGAGCUUGUCGAAGAAACCGAUAUCCAACGAGAACAGAGCAAAGAAUCACAUGAUUCAAAGGUUCCAUUGGGUCAUUCUUCUGGUGGGGGAUCGUCGACAUUAGCCUAGCUAGCCAAAGGUAUCGGUAAAAUGCAACUACUUGUAAACUCCUUCGGCAUCUUUUCUCUAAUUCAUACCAUUUGGUUCCCUUUUUUUUGGGCUUCAUGGACUUUGCUUCAGUAACUGCUUGUCUAGUAUCUGUCCAUAGAAUUCUCUUCAUCCGUAAUUUUAUGUUGCAAUUACAAUCAAAAUUAAUGAAUGAAAUGAGUUUUUUUUUUUGUUUU